AUGCUCAAGCACGAGCAUUCCGAUACUCAGUUCGCGGGUGGUGAAGAUCAUGAACGUCGACUUUCACCGUCUGAUGUCGAGUCCAAUGACUCAGACCUGCGGAAUGCCGGCGAGACGAAAAAGUCAUCAAACGAUGAUCCGUUUGGAUCUGAAGAUGUUGCAGAAGUAAAGUAUCGUACAAUGACAUGGUGGCAGUGUGGAAUGCUCAUGAUUGCGGAGAAUGUCUCUCUGGGAAUCCUUUCGAUCCCCUCCACUAUGGCAGUACUAGGAAUGGUCCCUGCCGCUCUUGUGCUCGUCUUUCUAUCAGCUAUCUCAUGGUAUACUGGUUAUAUCAUCGGACAGUUCAAAGUUCGAUACCCGCAUGUCCACAGCAUGGGUGAUGCUGGAGAAAUCAUCUUUGGUCCCGCUGGGCGAGUCUUCCUGGAGAUUGCGCAGCUCCUACUUUUGAUCUUCGUGAUGGCCAGCCAUAUCCUCACAGGCACGAUCUUGUUGAGCACUAUCACUAAAAACGCAACUUGUGGCAUCGUGUUCGGCGUGGUUUCACUGAUCAUCUGUUUCAUUGGUGCUCUCCCUCGCACGAUGGCUCGAGUCUAUUGGCUAUCGACCAUCUCUUUCGCAAGUAUCAUCAUCACUACUAUCGUGACCAUGGUCAGCGUUGGAGUUCAAUCCCAGGACCCCGUUGAAUACCAUGCCUUCCGCCAGAUCAGUUUCUACGAAGGAUUCUUGGCUUUCGCCAACAUUAUGUUCGGAUUUAUUGUCCAUGUCACCUUCUUUGGUCUGAUUUCGGAGACACAAAAUCCAGAGCAAUUCCCUAAGUCCCUGGCCAUGCUCCAAAUCACAGAAACUGUGUUGUAUCUUGUCGCAGGUCUUGUGAUCUAUCGAUUCGCUGGUCAAGAUGUCAAAUCUCCUGCCCCGUCCUCUGCGGGCCCGCUUAUGAAGAGGAUUUGCUUCGGUCUUGCGAUUCCAACGGUAUACAUUGCUGGAAUUGUUGUUGGCCAUGUCGUUUGCAAGUAUGUGUACGUUCGAAUUCUCCGCAAUUCGAGCCAUAUGCAUAGAAAAAGCUUCGUCGGCAUUGGAACUUGGGUUGCCAUUGCAGGUGUUCUGUGGACCAUCGCCUGGAUUAUCGCCGAGUCAAUCCCUGUCUUCAAUGAUCUCCUCAGUUUCAUCAGUGCACUGUUUGGAAGUAUCCUGAGUUACGCAAUCCCCGCUAUCUUCUGGCUCUACAUGAACAAAGGUCGAUACACGUCCUCGGUUUCAAAAAUUUGCCUAACUAUCCUCAACAUUAUCAUCUUUGCCAUUGGAUGCUUCAUGUGCGGAGCUGGACUGUACGUUUCAGGCAGAGCCCUGAAAGAGAACUCCUCGGGCAACAGUUGGUCCUGUUCUGUCAACACCUAA